AUGAGGUGUGGUCCUGGACAACAGUCACCAAGCAAUCCUUGUGUCUCGUGUGGCAGAAAGUGAGAGGGCAGCUAAUGCUAAGCAUGUCUUUCCUCGUUGCUGUUUUUUGGUAUUGCAGAAGGCUGUACAGCUUUUUAGCACAGCUGGUGAAACGGUGGAGCAACUACCUUCAGAGAAAACUCAUAAGAAAUCUCAGCGUGCUGACGGAAGUUGAUCUGCUUGGUUACAGUGCGAGAGAAUGGAAAGGAGACACAAAGCAGGCCAAACACAUGAGGGAGGCAUAUGAAGAAUUGUUUUGGAACUGUCAUAUCAGAUACCUGAGACAAGUCAGGAGGGAUAACUACUGUGUACUAAGAGCAGUCCUUUUUCAGAUAUUCAGCCAAGGCAUUCCUUUUCCAUCAUGGAUGAAGGAGAGAGACAUAUUGAAGCUCCCUGAAAAACUUUUGUAUUCUCAAGGUUGCAACUGGAUUCAGCAGUACAGUUUUGGGGCAGAGAGAUACACAGGUCCCAAUGCCUUCGGUAAAUUGCGCAAAUAUAUGGAGACAUUGAAGACAAAUUGGGCUGAAAUAAGUGCUACCAAAGAUCACGAGGAAAGAGGAAACAUGUGCAAUACACUCUUUUCUGAUGAGAGCAAGGAGCACAAACUGUAUGAGGCCAUAAAAUUCAUCAUGCUCUAUGAAGUUGUCGAAGCAUAUGAGCAGAUAAAGAACAGGGAGGAACCCAUACACAACCUUUUUAGCCUUCUGCUUGCUCGUGAUUCUUCAUCUGACCCUUUGAGUUUCAUGAUGAAUCAUCUGAACUCCAUAGGUGACUCGAUUUGCCUAGACCAGGUUGAACUGUUUCUUCUUGGAUACUUACUUGAAGUAAAGAUAAGAGUUUACAGACUGCACAGGUUUAAUACUGAGGAAUUUCAAGUAAACUAUCCAGAUGAAUACCGAAGGGAAUGGAAUGAGAUUUCUCUCCUGACCGAGGACGACCGCUACUAUCACAUCCCCCUGUUCAGAACGUGAAGGACCAGUGACUGUUCUCCCUUUGUAUCAUACAGUGAAUGGCCAGUUCCAGUGAAUUAGGUUUCUAAUAGGCAGCAGUAAGAUUUUGAGAAUGCUCGUUAAUGAUUACAAAAUGAUUUAUGGAUUUACUGUGUGAACGUUUUGCUUUCCCAUUGCAGCU